CCUUGGGCUUGCCAGGCAGGUGGCAGAACCACUGAGCUAAAUCCCCGGCCCUCGAUUAUUCUUUCCUUAAUGAAAUGAUUAUGCCAACUCUUUGCUACUCCUGCAAGCAUAUAUGUAUAGGGUUUUUGUUUUAAUGUGUAAAAGGUUUAAUUUCAACACGUGUUCAAUUUGAACGGGCUGUAUUAUGAGUUCUGCAACUCGCUUCUUCCUAACAAUACAUCAUGGAUGUCUGUCUCUACCAAGAUACCUCGAUUUGGCGAUUCUUUGUCCUCGUACCUGGGCGGCUCUCUGAGGAUCAGCUUUCGUCUCCGUUUUUUCCUCUCGGCGUUUUGCUGUGGCCAGGCCUCGAGGGAGGACCGGGCUGGUGGGCGGGGCCGGGGCUGCUCGGGACCUGCAGAUGAGGUGAGCGAGGUCCUAUAUAAACCUGCAGGGUGCGUCGGGCUGGCGAGCCCUGCCGGGAGAGACAGGCAGCGGCAGCCGGUGGAACCUGGUCCCUGAGUGCCGCAGAGCCUGGGCAGGGCUGGCCCCUCUGCUGCCCCGGACGCGGGCCAUGCCGCCGCGGGAGCUGAGCGAGGACGAGCCGCCCCCGCUGCGCGCCCCGAGCCCCCCUCCGCGGCGGCCCAGCGCACCCCCGGAGCUGGGCAUCAAGUGUGUGCUGGUGGGCGACGGCGCUGUGGGCAAGAGCAGUCUCAUCGUCAGCUACACCUGCAACGGGUAUCCCGCUCGCUACCGGCCCACGGCACUCGACACCUUCUCGGUGCAAGUUCUGGUGGAUGGAGCCCCGGUGCGCAUUGAGCUUUGGGACACGGCGGGACAGGAGGACUUUGACAGACUUCGCUCCCUCUGCUACCCAGACACCGAUGUGUUCCUGGCAUGCUUCAGCGUGGUGCAGCCCAGCUCCUUCCAGAACAUCACGGAGAAGUGGCUGCCCGAGAUCCGCACUCACAACCCCCAGGCACCCGUGCUGCUUGUGGGCACCCAGGCCGACCUGAGGGAUGACGUCAAUGUAUUGAUUCAGCUGGACCAGGGUGGCCGGGAGGGUCCAGUGCCCCAGCCCCAAGCCCAAGGUCUGGCUGAGAAGAUCCGAGCCUGCUGCUACCUCGAAUGCUCCGCCUUGACGCAGAAGAACUUGAAAGAGGUGUUUGACUCUGCUAUUCUCAGUGCCAUUGAGCACAAAGCCCGGUUGGAGAAGAAACUGAAUGCCAAAGGUGUUCGAACCCUCUCCCGCUGUCGCUGGAAGAAGUUCUUCUGCUUUGUCUGAUCAGCUGGGGCAGCAUGGCAAGCGAGUGGUAGACAGGAGGCCAGAGACUCCUGGAACGUGGGGCAUGGGGCCUUUGAGGGGACUACUGGCAGGGCCUGGCCACACCCCAUGGGACUCAGUUCCCUACUGGACACUGGGGGCAUGGGCUUCUGACCACCUGCUCUAAUGAGCCAGGAUGACCCUGGGGCCUAUGAGAGGGAAGGCUCUGGUUUAGAUUUCUUUGGCUCACAGAGAAAACCCACCCAGCACUUUUGAUUUUCACGAGAUGGUCUUAAUUAAGUGUCAUCUCUGAGCAGUUUGGGAUCCAGUUCCCAGUUUCCUGUCAGCCUGGCUGAAUUAGGACCCCUGGUGGUGGUCUUCACACACACAUACCCCAGCACGGGUGAGCCUGGAGAACAGCGAGCAGGUCACCUUUCGGGGCUGGCAGGUGAUCAGCCUUGAGUUGGAGAGAUGUUUGGGAUGGAGUGGGUAAGACAAGGCCAGAGAGAUAGAGAGGAGCAGCCAUCGAGGCUGGGAGCUGUGGGGACUGGAGGCAGAUCAGAGGGGUGGACCUAGAAGGAGGAAGACAAGGAGAGCAGGGCAGGCAGGGCAACUGUGGAGCAGGCUGACACCCGGGCUGCCCUCAACUCCCACAGCCGGAGAGGGCGGGGCUGGGCCCUGGGAACAGCUGGGUCUCAGGACUCCCUAGCCACUGCCCAAACUGGCUAGGCCAGCAGUAGGGCAGGAAGUGAGAGUCAAUCCCAGCAAAGGGAGAGGGAGGAGCUGCAAAUUAGAGCCUGGAGCAGGAAGGGGUGGGGGUCAUCCCUUUCCCCAAGGUCAAGGUUGCACAAACCCUAGAAGGUAAAGCAGCACAGUCUGCAAAUAAAACCUUCCAUUUCUGAA